GCCUCCUCUCCACUCCGUCCGAUGUGCGUACAGUGUGGUUAGCGUACGAGCUGAAGGCGACACAGGCGAUGCUGCGGAUGUGACAUCAGUUUGGACUCCAUAACUCCUUCAGGGCUCGCCAAAGAAGAGUGCACGAGGUCUGAGGAACUCCAGCACAGGACCUCGAGGAGUCCACAAAGCUUUCACACAUCAGCCUUCAUUUUCCAGACUGUGGGAUUAGUAGUAAAGUAGACUAAAACAAUGAAUGCCAAAUUGCGGCAGGUGCUCGCACCAGUCUGUCUCCUUGGAGUGUUGAUCUCUGUGGUGGACAGCAAAGGAACUUUCUAUGGAGGACCUGUCAACCCUUUUUAUGGACACAGAUACAAUAUGUUCAAGGCUGGACUCAACCCUCAGCACACUCCAAACAAGCCAAUGACACGACACAAAAACCACUGUGCCUAUGUGGUCCAGAAGAACAUCACGUGCACCAUGCAGGAUGGACUGGCGACGUAUGUGAAGGCGGAAUAUACAACCAAGUGCAUCUGGGGACAGAAGUGUCCUGUUGUGAUGUACAGGACAUAUUACAAACCAACAUACAAAGUGGGUUAUAAAAUAGUGACUGAGCUGGAGUGGAGGUGUUGCCCUGGCUACUCUGGAGACAACUGCUACGACGGACCCACCUCACUGCCUGACCUGAUACCUCCUUUCAAGGGAGCAGCUUUGCCAAAUCGCCCCGGGAUAAACGGCGUUCCCCAUGGUCCGAGAGUCUCCGUUGACCAGAGGCCUGGAGGAGCGCAGCUGGAGCCGGGCAAAGUCUACCCCAAUCUGCACGAUCGUAGACCAAUACCCAGUGAACAGCUGCCUGUGGGAAAUGGCAAACCAAAUUCUGGGGACACAUUUGGGGUUUCUGGAGUGAGUGGGGAACGUUUGGACCGUAUGGAGGACGACCUACGGCGUCUCACUCAGGGCUUCGACACGCUCAAUGGGGUGGUGGCUGGUCUGGAGGAGCGACUGCGCACGUCUCUUCGGGAAGACACCAACAAGAUCCUGGUGUCGCUGCUGCCCAACAUGCCACGGGGGCCUGACUCAGCUGCGGGAUUUGCGGCCAUCCCAAUCGGGAAUCCUGGCGGACUUGGAGAAGAGAGCUUCAACAGAUUUGGGGAUCUCGCAGGAAGGGUGACCGAAGUGAAGGAUGAGCUACAAGCUAAGACUCACAUAUUACAGGAGAUUCAGGGAAUGGUCUUAGGCCAUGACGGGCAGCUCAAGAGACUGCUGGAAGGAGCAAGUGGAAGGCCAAUCCCUGGCGUUGCGGCUCAUCUGGACAGCGUCCUCGAGGCCAAGCUAGCCGGCAUCCAGGCUGAGAUCCUGGACGGAUUUGAACGCAGACUCUCUCGUCUGGAGAACCAGUGCGAGGAGAAGAUCGGGGCCGUGCAGCGACAGUGCCACAGGGAGCAGAUGGAUGGCCAAGAACAGAUGCAGCAGUCCCUUGAUGGAAGAGAAACUGGGCUGAGGGCGGAGUUGGGCUCGUUGCAGGCUCAGAUCCAAGGCCUCACACUCACAGAGAGCUGCUGUGGACAGGCGAACAGCCUCUCUCAGCGUGUGCUGCUACUGGAGGAGUCGGUUAAAGGUCUCACAGAGUCACAGCGACAGCUCCAAUCAGCGCUCAGCGAGCAGAGCAUCCACGUGGAGACGCUGAUUGAGACCCGCUUGGUGGAACUCGAAGGCCGCCUAAAUUCAACAGAAGGUGGCGCGGACAGCGUGUCGUCGGGAUUCCCCGGUGGCCUAGAUGGCUUCAAGAACAUGCUGGAGGACAAGUUGAAGACCCUGGAGGAGAGGGUGUUUGUGGCUGUGGAGGAGCUGAGCAACACCACGGCACCAGCGCUUUUAGAGGGCCAGGUGGUCCCGCCACUGGAAACAGAUCUCGAGUCUGUGAGAAGAAGAUUAGAUGGAAAUCUGAAUGGCAUUGAAAAACGCCUAGCCGGCCUGGAGCUCCUGUGCACCUCCUCCUGCUCACCUUCCACUCCUCCAGCAGGGGGUGUCGGAGGCAGUGAAGUGGAGGGGAAGUGUGAGGACAUAGAGAAUAAGAUGAUCAAUCGUCUGGACACUCAUUCAGGCCAGCUGGACCUUCUGAACAGCACACUGAAGAACCUACUCUUGCGGAUCGCCCAAGAAGAGGCAGGCGACUCCGUCUACGGUGAGAUCACCCUGCUGAAGGUCAACAUCAACUCAGUGAACCACACUCUCAAGGGACUAAAGGACUCAAUUAGUUUCAUUGCAAGUGAAGUGGGCCACGCCAACUCCACAUGGGAACAGCGGGAACAGCAUAUAGUCAAUCAGGUGCAAGGAAUCACCAAACUAGUGGGCCACCAGGCCUCUCUCCUGGGGGCCGGGGAGCGGCGUCUGGCCCAGCUCAAGGGCGAACUUGCGGCCUUGAAAAAACAGCUCACCGGUGGGCUUCAAGGCUGCCAGAGCACAACCAAAGAAGUUCAGAAGGAGGUUCAGGACGUUGAUAGCAGGGUGAGCCACGUGGAGGGCCAAUGCAGCAGCUUGGGCGAGCUGGCAGAGCACCUGGAGAGGAUCAGGGCGGAGCUCGAGAGACACUCGGACUCCUACCUGGCCCAGGUGAACGGAACCCUCGCCGUCCAGUCAGAGCGACUUGCUGAGCUGAAAGGGGACGUCAAAGACAUUGUGCCAAAGCAUCGAGCGAGCCCAAAAGUAGACCACUAGCAUCGGAGACACAACAGCUCAAAUGAAACAAAGAAAUGAGAGAGAGAGAGAAAAAAAAAAAAAAAAAAAAAGCCUCAGUUGACGUCUUCUGCUUCUCUCCCAAUUUCCCUCUGCACACAUGCAAAUGAAUUGGAGCGGUGAGAGCCAUUAACCAUAAAUCCGCCACCGUAGUGCCUCCACAUGACCUGCUUCAUGAAGUUCCCGCCAAAUGAGGACAGGCACACACACAUUUCAAAGACACAACUUUGGCUGUGGAACUGGACUUAGUUCGAAUCUAUGGGGCUUUUCGCCACCACCUUUCUCAUCUUUUUAACUUAUAUGAAGUGCAUAUUGUUAUGGUAUGUUUGGAUUAGAGAUAUUUGUGUGAGAAUGAUAUUCAAAAUGAACGGCCUGGGACUAAAAUGUCGCUACGGGUUUUUCUUGACAAGCACACUCAAUACCUUCUGUGUGGACAAUUGUGUGGUCUUUAUAUCAAUGUGGUGCUAUUUACAUGUUUGUAAACGUCUGCUUGUACACGUUAAAAAAUGUGCAUUUCUCCACUGGUAGUUGUACGUAUUUGUUUUGGUUGCUUCAGGUUUUAAUGAACUUCUGCAACAAAAGAA